CAGCAGACGUACGGCCGGACAUUCCGCAGGCGCAAUCCGAUUCAGCUCCACCCUUAUCUUCUCGAAGGCGAACGUUAUCGUCAAACCUUGAAGUCGCGUGGAGUCAGGCCUAUAUUCGUUGCCUCCGAAUCGUCAACUUCUAGGCUCAAUCCUGAUGCCGUAGAAACACAAGAGCGGGAUUUCCAACCCCUGGAAGAGACGCCCCCUAGCAGUCCAGUCCGCCGUGCGAGGUCGCCGAAAGUAAAUCCGACCCCGAGAACCUCCAAUCCGCAAGAAGGCAUCGGCUCGCCGUUUUAUCUUGCCCUGGAUGAUGAUGACGAAUUGCCAGAUGUCGAAAAACUUAGGCUUCCACAAAAGACCAUCCGCACCAUUCCCCUGUCGAAGCCGGCGCGUGCUCUAGAGAAUUCCGGAGGCGACAUUUUCGACAUCCCUCCGUCGCCUCCACGGGUAAAUCAGCUCGUAUCAUCCCCUGUCAAAUUUGCAACUAGGGUCUUUCGUAUGCCCGACGGCUCAAUCGUGAACGGACUGCCAACACCAAUCACUUCAUCUGAAUCUAAGCCUACCAAUCAGCAGCCUAUUGAUUCGGAAUCCGAGAGCGAUACUCCACCUCGAAGCGUAUUAAAGUCGAGAUCUCGCCUGUCCCGCCAUCCUACCAUCGUUGUAGAGUCUUCAUCAAGCUCGGAUUUGUCAGGCUCGGAAUCCGGAAAGAGCGACAUCAGCCUGAAAAAAGUCAAGAGGAGGAUCAAAGGAGUACUUCCUGCAUCAUGGCUGAAGCUCGACCGACAAGCUCAAUUGAAACGGCAAAAAUCGACAAGCCCUCAAAGACCCCGCCACAAAUCCCCUGAAAAGUUUGAGCUGCAACGAGGAAUAGCACGAAGAAUUACCAGGCUUCCGACAGCCAUUGCAAGGCUGAGUGCCUCAGAGGAGCUGAGUGGUUAUGCGCUUACCGUUUCCGAUGAUUCGGACACUGCAUCCAUUGCUGCAGAUGUGCAACUUUCAAAUUCUCCUGAGCCUCAUUCCUAUGUAACGGAACGGAAUGUCAGCUCGACUAUGAACGACAGUAUGAUCGAUGAUGUUAUGGAAGACAAUCGCAUCGAUUACAUGCUCCCCUCAACAUCAAAGCCCAGGUCCUACGGUGUAAAGCGCCGGAAAAAGCAACUAAUGUUGGCUGAUUCGUACGGGCUCCCUGGCAAACGCCUAAAAGUCUCAAUCUCUAAUGGCCAAAGCCAUAGUCUUGUAAAACCUGCUUCCGGUCAACAGCGCCCCAGGAAGAAGACUGCCUUGCUUGGCAAGCCACGAAAUUCAAGGCCCAAGCCGCCUCGAUUAAGCAUCUUAGAUUCUCAUCAGACAAGAGGUGAAAGUACAGAUGAAGUUCCUCGAUUCAUUCGCCUUGCGGCGAGACAAGCUCGUCGACAACGUGACAGAGGAAGACAAAGUCCGAGUCAUAAAGCUGUCCGCUUGCAAACACUCGAAGAUACUGAGGAUGCAAAUGAAGUUCUUCAUCAAUGGAGGGCUGGGACUUUGAAACCCCGGUCUAAAUCGCCUCACUCUACCAGCCUGCGCUACGAGCGUCAACCGCUCACGGAUCGAGAUGAUAACAAGCAGCAACGGCAACUUCCAGAUCCUCUGCCCAAAUCAACAUAUCUUGAUUCAAUCCAACCAGGGGUGGAGUCGCGAAGAAAUAUGGAAUUUAAAUCAGUCUCAAGACUGCGACAAACUCGGCUUGAUCUAGUGUCAAGCAGAAGAACGAAUGCUGCUCUAAAUUCGUCCCUCGUAGAGAUGCGGACUUACAAAGCACCGAAUCGACGUCUUCAUCAUCCACAAAAAUUGUUUCGACCACCACCAUAUCGCAAUGCGCAAUUGGAAAGCCUCGAAGCCGAAUUUGACCUCGCCCAUCGGAACUCCGCGUUUCAAAGACAGCUGUCCCGCGCGAAUCUGCAGUUUUCGAAUCAACUUCGAUUUGGAGACACGACUAGCAAUCCUCAACUUUCACGGUUCCUUGCUGACGACGAUGCAUCGUCAAUCUCGCCAGGCACCGAACAUGAGAGCAGAGGCCACCAGAACUCAAAUAAUAUCUCUCAGCAACUAACCAAACCUCCCUUGCGUAUUUCCCGUAAAAGACCGAGUACGCGUCUCGACGUUGAAGCACGAGAAUAUCGACAGCCAAGCCACCCGCUUCCAGUACAUGUCAACAGUCAAAGUAUUGAGAUCAUUGAGGACGAUUCGCCACAACUAUUUCUUCAGGGACUCGGUCCAUUUGGCACUCGGUACGCUGAAGACUUCGAUGUCUUCCCGUUAGAUGUGGGAACGUAUUUUCACCAGAGUACCUUCGUUGGGAGUGGAGAGCUGGGUUCAUGCUUGCAUAUCGAUCAGAGAAACCUUGAUCUUUCUGUUACCCACAAGACUUUGAUUCACCUAGCACAGGAUCUUUGGUGCAGUGCCUGGACGGAGGAAGUCUCGUCAGCUCUUACUACCAAAUUCCAGGAUCUGUCCAGCCAGCUUGACCAAGUUAUGCAAACGUCCAUGGCGGAAGAGGCUCAAAAUACUGCCAUUCAAUUACUUUCAUCCACGUCAAUCUUGCUUCGACAGGUUAUCUCCUACUUUUCCAUUUCACUGCAUUUUCUUGACCCUAUAGAUCGAAGCUGGAGUGUAACAACGAUGUUCGAAAUCUUAGACCAGAAUUACAUGGCCCUGUCACCCGCACAGAAUAGAUCGAGGUCAGCUGCGGUCGUUUCAGCACCAGUGGCGCGCCAAAAAGCUCGAGCUCUAUCUUAUCUACUUGUGUUGGCCGCCCAGGUGGUCCGUGUUGCGGACAAUAAGACAAUUGAGGAAACGACAAAACUCAAACUGGAUACUUUAGUCAAGACGGUAUCGACUAGCUUGAUAAGUACAGCAAUCCGCCAAGGCCAAGAGGAGAUUCGGACGUAUCCGGAGGACAGUCGACAUCGUCAACAACGAGAGGCUGGCAUUCGAGACGACAAAACUUACGUUCAAUGCAUUGUAGUUGCAAUGCAAACCCUCUCCUGUCUCCACAAGCCUGGAGUCGGCUUUUGGGACAUUGUCAACGACAAUUUCCUACCGAAGAUAUCGGCUUUCAACCGAAUUUCACAGUUCGAGCAUGUUUGGUCCGACACCUUCAUGCUGCUACCAUUCGGGGAAUUCGAUAUAAAGGGCAUUUUGCAAGUUGGCUCUCGCUUCGUCCAUACAUCGGAAAAUUGGGGAUUUGUCAAAGCCAUGCUCAACCGCCUUUUCUUGUUGUAUCCAGAGACGUCAAAAGGUUAUAACUCGUCCCUAAAUACAUAUGUUAGAGCUGUCUUAAGCCGAUGUUGCACACUCAUCAGCAGCUGGGGUUGGAAGAGAUGUGAAAGCAUUCUUGGGGCAAUGUUCGAUUUCUUUGCAAAAAAUAAACUAUCCCUUCUUCGCCACGAAGAGGGUCUAGGGUCGCCAAAGUUCCUGGGUAUGCUGGCGGAACAUCCGUCUCUACAGGUCCAGCCAGAUGAUCGAUCAUUUACCAUAUUCCUCAAAUGUCUCGCCCUCGGUCUCAAAGGCAUGCAAGGAAUCUAUACCGACAAGAAAAUCCGGAAUAUUGUCUACCGGUCCAUUCCAAACCAUGGCCGUACAUACCGUAAAGACGAAUCGAUUAGACAAGAAGACUUAGACGCCCUACGAAAUCACCACGAUAUUCUCUGUACUCUGUAUUGGGCCUCGCCGAUACAAUGUCGGCCUCGGCUUGACCUUCUUCGCGAGCUUGUCGACCAUGCGUCCUCUCACAGAGAAGCUUGCAGGCUCAGUGUCAGAGCCUGGUCCGAUCUCCUAAGAUUCCAACUGUCGACCGGCGAGCCAUAUGAGUCAUUGUUACCAUUUGCUUUGUGGUAUAAAGACAUCAUGAAACAUUCAAUCAGCCAAUACCGAAUGGCGAGGACCGAGGCCGAAAGUCAGUACGGCAGUGCCAAGAUACGAGGAGACGACAUUAUUCCUCUUGAAGUUCUGCAGUCGACGAUUCGAAAGAAUCAGAAUCAGGUUUUAGCUACGUUGAGAGAUGCAGUUGCUGGACUGAGAAACGCAAUCGGAUUCUCCCACGACGAGCACAACUUCACAUCUUUUCUGAGAGAUGCGUCUGCCAUUGAAAACUUGGAUCUUUUCGACGUAACCAAUCCUCGGUCCAACGACGUCGUCAUUGAAACUUUAGCCGUUUUUGAACAACAUGCGAAACACCGGAAAGCACAACACGCGGAAAAAAACUUCCCUAGUGACAACGAAGAAAGCCAGGAUUACGGCGACGUGCCUGAUUUUGACGAUUUUUAUGACGUUACCGCAGACACGAACCAGCAAACCAAUGACAGUAAUCCGCUCGACUUUAUCCACACACCGUUGUGGCACUUGCUUUCAAACUGCUUUGGAGCCGAGGCUUCUCCCGGGGACACAAUGCUCACCAAAGCGGUAGAUACAUGGACAGCUGUCGCACAAUGGCAGGUAGACUUGGGCAAGCGGACGUGGCAUGACUACGUUAGAUCGUUCAGUGUCGUGUCUUGGCACCAACUUCGAGACACAGAACAGAGCCGCAAGUUUGCCCCAUACUUUAUGUCGUCGGUGAUCACAAGCGACCCGAAUGCAUACCAAGAAUGUCGCCCGGAGUUCAUUUCCGCUUGGGUCCUAUCACUGGUCGAUCGCGAGUCCAUGCUCAAAUUUCAACACGUUUUGACUAGUGUUCUUGUCAAUGCCGACCCGCGAAAUCCGCUACUGAAGAAUCUUCCAUUCCUAAGGGAGUCUUCAACUGGCGAGAUCACGAUUACGGCGGCCACAUUCCGAGAGCGCAGAAUCAGCCUCAUUUCCUCCCUCCUAGCGAAUAUGCGCGACUGUUACGAGGGUACAAUGCGCGACAAUCAGAAAGAGCUUGUGAACACGCGAAGCGAGUAUACAGCGCUUCUCAAGGAUAUGAUGUCUGCGAUGAAGCGGAACUAUUUGGAGCUUCAGCGGUGUGGUGCCCCGUUAAAAGGCGCAUAUGUCGAAUUCGUGCAAACGGUGGUCCAGUUUCUCCAGCAGUACACGUCUCACAUAUGUCUUGUGGAUCGAUUUUUCACCGAUUCGGUUGCGUUCCCCCUACCGACGACAGAUCCCACAUAUGUAGUAGGCCGGCUCGGAAGCUACUCACUGAAAUUGGCAGAUCCCCGCACAACAAAGCAGCUCUCGACGUUCAUUCAAACAGUGUCUGAACGCGCCGCCGUCGACAAUCAACAGUCAUACCUUCUCAAGCAACUGUGUACUGCCACUUCCAGUGCAUACGAGUCCGGGGAUGCCUCACGACCCACGUUGCGGCACGUCCUAUUGCAGGACAUUUUCCCAGCAUACGUAGGGGUAUCCUUAAAAUCAGCGACUGGCUGGAUUGUGGCUUCGCCGAUACUGCAGGCUUCGUGUCAGAUCUUCCAAGAUCUGUUCUAUCAGUUCAGCGUGUCGGACGAAAAGAGCAUCCAGUCCUGCCUCGAAAUGAUCAGAAGCACGCUGGGUGGAAUUUACGAGGCAGCCCAGCUGUUGAUCGACCACGCAGGAUUACUUGAACAGGCCCAUACCCGGCGUGUAGUCACAUUAGUCCUCCGAGCAAUCACGGCACUCUUACCUCUGCUGGACUAUAUUCAUGCCAGUACCGGAAAAGCUGCCAACGUUGUUCCUUUCAUCCUAUACUUUAGGCGCUUCAGCAUUUUCGUUGCACAGACGGUCGUGGGCCGAGACGUGGCUCUAGCACCAUCGGUUGACUGCGACGUUCCGGAUGAGGCAGCACCAAUCUCCAAGCUGCGCGUUUUCUGCACCCAGGAGCUUGACAAGGCGAUGACAAAUUGGGCCAAAGUUGCUGACAGCUAUUACGUAGUGAGAGGCAAUGCAAGAAAAGAAGUGUCAGUGCACCUUGGCACUAUUGAAGAGGAGGGAGAACAGAUGCUAGACGCCAUUGAAGGGUUCCUCGUAGCAUCGGGGAGAACAAGGGGAAUGGGAGUGGAGCAAGGGGAGCGGCGGAGGGAAGCACGAGCAACGAAUCUUAUCGUUUAA